CGUUAUUCGAUUCGUUAAGUGAUUACCAAUCAUCAGUAAAAAUUAUUCAAUUCAUUACGUGAUAUUGCGCGCGCCAUUCCUCCCCACUUUCGAGAGGCUUGUGUUGUAUUCGCGCCGCUGAUCGCGCGCCGAAUCUCGAACCACGACGAACGUUAUUUCGACUUAAAUUGGUAAAAAUUAACGAAAAAUCUACCGUAUUUAUUAUGGCAGGGCUUUUAGAUUUGUGUGAAAAAUAUUUCGGUGCACGAGACUUUUAUGAGGUCCUAAAAAUUCCAACAACUGCUGAUGAAAAGCAAGUAAAGAAGGCGUACCAUAAACUCUCGUUGUUAGUACAUCCUGAUCGAGUAGAAGAAGCAGUAAAAGUAGAGGCUACGGAGAAGUUUAAGGUACUCGGAAGGAUUCAUUCAAUUCUUAGUGACAAUGACAAAAGAAAGAUCUACGAUGAAUCCGGGCAGUUCGACGAAGAGAGUGAGGAGGUUGUCAUGCGUAACUGGGCUGAUUACUGGCGCUCUUUAUUCAAGGAGAUCACUGUUGAGGAUAUCAACAAUUACGAGAAAACUUACAAGGGUUCAGAGACUGAAAUAAAGGAUCUAAAAAGAGCUUACAUGGACAGUAAAGGAGAUAUGGACUAUAUUCUGGAAGCUGUCCCGUUCACUAACUGUGCAGAAGAACCUCGGUUACAUGAUAUGAUACAAAAGUUAAUCAAAGACGGGGACGUUCCAGAGUUCACUGCCUUUACCCAAGAAGAUGACAAGAAAAAACAACGUAGGAAACGAAAGUGGGCCAAGGAGGCAGAAGAGGCUGAGAAGCUCGAGAAGAUGCUCAAGAUCGAAAACGAAGAGAACGCGGCGACGAACGCCCUGGCCUUAGCGAUCCAGAACAGAGGAACAGCGAGAGCAAAAGAAGCGAAUAAUUUCUUUGAUUCCCUCAUCGAGAAAUAUAGCAAGGCAGCAAAAUCUACCAAGGGCAAGAGUCCGAAAGCGGGCAAGGUCACCAAAUCACCCAGAAAGACCAAGAAAAAGGUCUAACCAAUCUUAGCUCAGCAUUCCCGUAACUCAAGAUUUCUACCCAAUACAAUUUCUAAUGAAUUCGUUAGUUUGUAUCGCAAGUGGAUGUUAUAAAGCAGUGUUUUCUCCAUUCGUAUUUCUUUCGAUUUGAACUCUAAAUAAAUUUCUAAGGGUGUUUUUUUGUAAGUUUGGUUUUGUGUCUCUCAUGAUUGCAACAUGUUUGUAAAAAAUUGGUUUUCACCAUUACAGACCUGAAUUGCCAUAUUUAAACCCUGAAACUAUCGCAGAGGCUCCAGCGUUACUCGAUAUUGUCUACAACAUGAUUAUUUCGUGAACCUCGCGAUAUAGUUUUUCAUCAAUUUUCAUAUCGCGAAAUACGUUCCACCCCCACAUUCGAUAAAACGAUUAAAAAUGAACUCUCGGGGUAAUCAUUGACAUUGGUCGUGUGCAAGUAUUAGUUAUCAGAGUCUAAUGCCGUUUAAUCGUACAUACCCUUUUAUGGCAUAUUGACAUAUAUUACUGUAAUUCAUUAUCAUAUCUAUCAUGUCAAUGUAAUUAUGUUUACAAUUAUUAAAAUUAUUGCACACAGAUA